GAUCGGCUAUGAGAGCGUAGUGGCGACGAGAACUGGCGUGGAACGGAGUGAGGAGAGUUGUUAUCGAAGAACAGGGAGAGGAGACAGGAGCGGACCAAGGGGGUGUGUGUGAGAGAGUGUUUGCGAGGUCCGAAAACAAGGCGCACAACACGGCGUGAAUGAGACAGUCAAACUGGCGGAUUUCAACAUGGCAUCCGGAGAUACGCUGUACAUUGAGACAGACGGCUCGGAGAUGCCGGCCGAGAUCGUGGAGCUGCACGAAAUAGAAGUGGAGACGAUACCGGUGGAGACUAUUGAGACCACGGUGGUCGGCGGGGAUGACGACGACGACGACGACGACGGGCAGCCCAUGAUUGCCCUGCAACCGUUGGUCACGGACGACCCCAGCUCGAUCCACCACCACCAGGAGGUAAUCCUGGUCCAGACCCGGGAGGAGGUAGUCGGCGGCGACGAUUCGGACCUGCAUACGGACGGCGGAGGCGGAUUCGAGGAUCAGAUCCUCAUCCCGGUACCGGCUCCUGGGGUCGAGGAUGAAUACAUCGAGCAGACUUUAGUGACUGUGGCUGGGAAGAGCUCGGUGGGUCGGGUGAAACGAGGAGGCGGCACUGGUGGAAAGAAAGCAGGCAAAAAGAGCUAUUUAAGCGGCGCCGAGGCUGGUGGGAGAAAAUGGGAACAGAAGCAGGUGCAAAUAAAGACUCUGGAGGGAGAAUUUUCUGUUACAAUGUGGGCAUCGGAUGACAAUAAAGACAUCGACCAUGAGUCAGUGGUGGAGGAGCAGAUCGUCGGGGAGAACUCUCCUCCGGAUUACUCCGAGUACAUGACGGGGAAGAAGCUGCCCCCUGGUGGCAUCCCGGGGAUCGACCUCUCAGACCCCAAACAGCUGGCUGAAUUUGCCAGUACCUCUAACCAUCUACUCCCCCCUCCUCUUAUCAGAAUGAAGCCCAGGAAGGUGAAAGAAGAUGAUGCUCCCCGAACGAUAGCCUGUCCUCAUAAAGGCUGCACAAAGAUGUUCAGGGAUAACUCGGCCAUGAGGAAACAUCUUCAUACCCACGGACCUCGUGUGCACGUCUGCGCUGAGUGCGGCAAGGCGUUCGUCGAGAGCUCCAAGCUCAAACGCCACCAGCUCGUUCACACAGGGGAGAAACCCUUUCAGUGCACCUUUGAAGGCUGUGGGAAAAGGUUUUCUCUGGACUUCAACCUGCGCACACAUGUGAGGAUCCACACUGGAGACCGACCCUACGUGUGCCCCUUCGACGGCUGCAAUAAGAAAUUCGCCCAGUCCACCAACCUGAAGUCUCACAUUCUCACACACGCCAAAGCCAAAAACAACCAAUGAGAACCCGUUCGUCUACGUCGAGCCACAAAGGCGAAAAACAACCUCUUUUGAAGACGUGAUGAAGACCUUGAGACUUGUUGAUUUAUAAAAAAAAUUUAAAAAAAAGGAAAAAAUCUGACAGUUUAAAAGACAUAAAACACUGAAAUUGAGUUGUUUUUUUUCCCUCAAAGCCCCUUUUUGCCUGUUGUCACGUUGGAUGAGGAGCACCGUGAAGAAGCCUCCCCCACAACAAUCCAGCCACCUGUCCCAUUACUCUAUUGGCACUUUGCUACCAGAAGAUGGAACCCAAGGACAAACAUCAGAGAUUUAUUUUUACCUGAGAAGUCAGAGAAACAAUGGUAUAUAUUAGUACGUUUAUGUUGUCGCGGCGUUGCUUUUAUUUCCCUCCAAGUGUGCAUAUUGUACACUUGUCUCAGGCUGUGUUUAGUAAAAAAGUUUUUCUUUUUUCUUUUGCUGCAUUAUAAGAUCAUAACUAUGACACAAAAAGGCCUCAGCCUUGUUCCCUCUGAAUCACACACAGGAGGAGUUUAAAAAAAACCAACUGUAUGUUUGCAUCUUUGGUUGUACUUCCCCUCUAACCACAGAAUAACCUUGUAUACUUGCAUUGUAUGGCUGUAUUAAAAUUAAGUAGACAUAGAUAGAGGUGUGAUUUUUAAAGUGUUAACCAAUUAAAUCUUUAGUCCUGAGUUGCUUUAUAUUUUAUAAUAACUGUCUUAACACAGAUGAAUGAGUAAUAUAAUCGUACUCGGUUGAAGGGUCUGGCGCAUACGUGGAAAAGACUGCGAGACCAUCACUUCUUUGUUAGAAUGUAAUGUACAGAAGUCAACCAUUAUCUUCCUUUUGUUGCUAUUUACACCCAUGUAUUUCAGCUGCCCACAAUAAAAUGGGUCAUUCCAACUCUGUCAAACUA